CUCCGUCUUCCCUUGCUGCAACCGACGCGCGGGAGUUGCAGAUCUCAGAUCUCUCCCUCAAAUUUCCCAAAACGCCCCUCGAAUUCUACAGAAACCACGGUCCUCAACCUCCGCCAUCUCUGCCAGUCAAGGGCACGAUCGUCUUCCACAGAUUCUCCAUCUCCAAAAGGUAAGAAAUCGAAACCCUCAUUUUUGCUAGAACACACCCAAAUUUCUAGAUCCAAAUCCCUCCAAAUCACAAUCCUCCGCCCGCCCAAACGCACAUCCAUCCCAAUCUCAAAACCCUUGACCAACACCACCGGCAUCAUCGCCACCGUCCAAGAUGGAGAAAUCCUGCAGUCUCCUGAUCCACUUCGACAAGGCCGCCCCCUCCCUGGCUAACGAGAUCAAGGAGGCCCUUGAAGGCAACGACGUGGAGGCGAAGAUCGAUGCCAUGAAGAAAUCGAUCAUGCUUCUCCUCAACGGCGAAACCUUGCCCCAGCUCUUCAUCACGAUCGUCCGUUACGUCCUCCCCUCCGAAGAUCACACGGUCCAGAAGCUCCUCCUACUAUACCUAGAGAUCAUCGAGAAGACCGAUUCGAAGGGUCGUGUCCUCCCUGAAAUGAUCUUGAUCUGCCAGAAUCUCCGCAACAAUCUCCAGCAUCCGAACGAGUACAUCCGUGGCGUCACACUUCGAUUCCUCUGCCGCCUCAACGAGGCCGAGAUCAUCGAGCCGCUGAUCCCAUCUGUCCUCUCGAACCUCGAGCAUCGCCACCCGUUCAUCCGGCGAAAUGCGAUCCUGGCCGUCAUGUCGAUCUACAAGCUCCCGCAGGGGGAGCAGCUGCUGGCUGAUGCGCCGGAGGUGAUUGAGCGGAUGCUGGCAUCCGAGCAGGACCCGUCUGCAAAGCGGAAUUCCUUCCUGAUGCUGUUCACCUGCGCCCAGGAGCGGGCUGUGAACUACUUGCUCUCGAAUGUUGACAGCGUCCCGGAGUGGAACGAGCUGCUGCAGAUGGUUGUGCUGGAGCUGAUCCGGAAGGUCUGCAGGACGAACCGAGGGGAAAAGGGUAAGUACAUCAAAAUCAUCAUAUCUCUGCUGAAUGCCCCCUCGGCUGCUGUUAUUUACGAGUGCGCCGGGACGCUCGUGUCCCUCUCGUCGGCCCCCACAGCGAUCCGGGCUGCAGCCAACACAUACUGCCAGCUCCUCCUGUCACAGAGUGACAACAACGUGAAGCUCAUUGUGCUUGAUCGGCUCAAUGAGCUCAAGACCCUGCACCGGGACAUCAUGGUUGAUGUGAUCAUGGACGUGCUGCGGGCCUUGUCAAGCCCGAACCUCGACAUCCGGCGGAAGACGAUUGACAUCGCUCUUGAAUUGAUAACCCCACGGAACAUCGAUGAAGUCGUGCUUAUGCUGAAGAAGGAAGUGGUGAAGACACAGAGUGGCGAGCUUGAGAAGAACGGGGAGUACAGGCAGAUGCUGGUCCAGGCUAUUCAUUCGUGCGCGAUCAAAUUCCCGGAGGUCGCAAGCACGGUGGUCCACCUCCUGAUGGACUUCCUGGGUGACAGCAAUGUGGCAUCUGCGAUGGACGUGGUCGUUUUCGUCCGCGAGAUCAUUGAGACAAACCCAAAGCUCCGCGUGUCUAUAAUCACGAGGCUCUUGGACACAUUCUAUCAGAUCCGGGUGGCACGGGUCUGUUCGUGUGCACUUUGGAUCAUAGGAGAGUAUUGCUUGUCAUUGUCCGAAGUUGAGAGUGGGAUUUCGACGAUUAAGCAGUGUCUAGGGGAUCUGCCGUUCUAUACAGUCCCCGAAGAAGGGGAUGUAACUGAUUCUUCAAAACAGCCACCACAACCGAGCUCUAUCACUGUUUCUUCUAGGAGACCUGCGAUUCUUGCAGAUGGGACCUAUGCCACCCAAAGUGCGGCAUCGGAGACUGCCAUAUCCGCCCCAACCAUUGUCCAAGGAUCCUUAGCUUCACCUGGGAAUUUGAGGUCGCUGAUCCUUACGGGUGACUUUUUUGUCGGUGCAGUUGUGGCUUGCACGUUGACUAAGCUUGUUCUGAGAUUGGAAGAGGUUCAGCCGUCAAGGGCCGAAGUGAACAAAGCGACUAGUGAGGCGCUGCUGAUCAUGGUCUCAAUGCUCCAAUUGGGGCAAUCUUCAUUCAUGCCCCACCCGAUUGAUAACGAUUCUUAUGAACGGAUUGUGCUUUGCAUAAGGCUGUUGUGUAAUACGGGCGAUGAAGUGAGGAAGAUAUGGUUGCAGUCAUGCCGCCAGAGUUUCGUGAAGAUGCUUGCAGAUAAGCAGUUCCGUGAAACGGAGGAGAUAAAAGCAAAGGCCCAGAUAUCUCAUGCCCAACCAGAUGACCUUAUUGACUUUUAUCACUUGAAGAGUAGAAAGGGCAUGAGCCAGCUAGAAUUAGAAGAUGAAGUUCAAGACGAUUUAAAACGUGCGACUGGAGAGUUCACCAAGGAUGGAGAUGAUGCAAAUAAGCUGAAUCGCAUUCUUCAACUCACAGGCUUCAGUGAUCCCGUGUAUGCUGAAGCAUAUGUGACAGUUCAUCAUUAUGACAUUGUCCUUGAUGUUACAGUCAUCAACCGAACUAAGGAGACACUUCAGAACUUGUGCUUGGAGUUGGCAACCAUGGGGGAUCUCAAACUUGUUGAGCGUCCCCAGAACUAUACCCUUGCUCCAGAAUCAAGCAAGCAAAUACGCGCCAAUAUUAAGGUCUCUUCAACUGAAACUGGAGUCAUAUUUGGUAACAUUGUUUAUGAGACUUCGAAUGUGCUUGAACGAACAGUUGUGGUCCUCAAUGAUAUCCACAUCGACAUCAUGGACUACAUUUCUCCAGCAACCUGUGCUGAUGUGGCAUUUAGAAACAUGUGGGCUGAAUUCGAAUGGGAAAACAAGGUGGCGGUGAAUACAGUGAUUCAAGAUGAGAAGGAUUUUUUGAAUCACAUUAUCAAGUCAACAAAUAUGAAGUGCCUCACUGCACCAUCUGCCCUUGAUGGUGAGUGCGGAUUUCUGGCUGCAAAUCUGUACGCAAAGAGCGUGUUCGGGGAGGAUGCUUUGGUGAAUGUGAGCAUCGAGAAGCAAGUGGAUGGGAAGCUGAGCGGGUACAUCAGGAUAAGGAGCAAGACCCAAGGGAUCGCCCUCAGCUUAGGAGACAAGAUCACACUCAAACAGAAGGGCGGCAGUUGAUCAACCUCCGGUAGAUUCCAAUUCUUUCCGUUCCUCGUUACCAUUUCAAACUGCGUGUUGCGGGCAUUUCUGCUUUUCGAGGUAGAGGAUUUUCUGGCCUCUACAUUAAAAGUCUUAUAUGCAUCUAGCAAGUAGAAUUUUCAUGGAGGAUGAAAUUUCAUUGUCCCUCUUUUUCAUAGUAAAAGAAAUUGCUUAAAGACUCCAUGCUUAGCAUGCAUAAUGGGACUUACUGUUUUGUAGAAUACAUUAGCGGCUGGUUAUUGUAAGAUUGUAAUUUGAUUGGAUUCUUGCUGUUUGGUUUCCAA